AUGGCUGAAAUGGAUGCUUUUGCAGAGRUCGUCUACCCUUUCACAAUAGGACURAUAGUAACUGUCAGCGUCUCUGCCUUACCYACAGUUAUAAUGAACACGUUGAUCUUAACAGCCAUCAUCCGYACRCCAACUCUACAUACCCCUUCCAAUAUCUUGAUUUGUAAUCUUGCGACAGCMAACUUGGGUGUUGCGCUUAUUGCUGUUCCUGUGGCGRUAACGUGGAAAUUGUUGGAAAUAUACCAUCAAGACCAGGAUGACAUCUGUUUCGGAGGUAUCGCUGCGUAUGUUAUUAAUAGCAUUUUCAGUGGCGCAAGUUGUUGGACUAUUGUACUUGCAACUGUGGAUCGCUAUCUUGCAUUGGUUCUUCACCUUCGUUACCAGUCUCUUCUCACCGUUAAAAGAGUAAGCAGGUCAUGCGCACUCAUUUGGAUAGCACCUUCGUUGCAGAUAUUUUGGUUUUUCAAAGGAUCACAAAAGUUGUUCAGCAUYAGUGCUGGAAUAACGAUGAUAAUAUGGCUUAUAGCUAUUGCAUUUUGCUUCUWUAARAUCUUCACUAUCAUGCGCCGUCAUCAUAGUCAGAUUGCAAGCGAGUCAGUCAACACCACGAUCCUGGCAGUCCAAAAAUUGUCUCGCUAUCGAAAGUCUGUGUUCAACCUUAUCUAUAUCAUGUGUUGUCAGUUGAUUCUCAUGACACCUCUUAUCAUUUGUUUCUCUUUUAUUGCUGCCCAUGGCAUUUCAGCAGCGAAUUUACGAUUCUGGAGUGUCAGUAAUGGGUUGUUUUAUCUUAACCCUUUAGUUAACCCCUUGCUUGUUUGUAUGAGGUAUGGAGAACUACGAGUUGCUGUUAAAGAAACCGCUCGUUUCUUCUGGGCAAGAGUAAAGCAAACUGUGUAA